AUGUCAUCGCCGGGUGUCAGCUUUCGAACGGUUUCUUCGCAACAAUCUUCCCAUACAAAGGAGAUUCUUGAAGCAGAGAAUUUCAAUCCGGCUGAGUAUAUCCGUCAACGUUUGCUAAAUGUUCGUGAUGGCCAAGAGACGCGACAAUUAAAGCAGUUGAGGAGUGAAAUGUCAGCGGUGAAUCACGAGGCACAGGAAUCCCUGAAGAACAACGUCUUCAAGGACUACCAUCAGUUUAUUGAGGCCAGUCGCGAGAUUUCACAUCUUGAACGAGAGAUCUAUCAAAUUGGAUCGAUGCUUGCCGAGCAGAAGACUUUGUUGGAAAAUCUCCUUGGAAUGGCGGGCGAUGAUCGUUCUUCUCUGCACACCGUCUCUUCGUCGACCACCGCCACACACCAAAACCCUGUUCAGUUGUUGAUGCAGAGAAUGGAUGGAAUUGCGGGAAUCCUCAACAAUCUUCGUCCAUCGGAUCGAGUGAUUCUCUUUGGGGAAAUGGUGUUAUUAGAUGGAGAGACCAAGCAAUCGAUUCAGAAACAGAUGCUUAUCCUGUUGAAUGAUCGACUUCUGGUCGGGAAUCCGAGUGCCAACGGGAAGUACAGUCUUGAAUCAUCAUUCUCACUCAAUGCUCUUGCUGCGGUGAAUGUGAAAGAUCGAGAGAGUCGUGGAAUGGCCUCCGCGGAUCAACUCAUCAAAUUGUUGAUCUUUCCAGAGCAUCGAUAUUACCGCUGUGAAUCGGCUCGUAUCAAGAAACAAUGGUUGGAUGAGAUCGAAAAUGCGAAAAGAGCUUUGUUACAAGAAGGAAGUUUACAGAGACAAGCCACAAUCCGGGGUCGGCGUCAAUCCGUUCAAACGAGAGCUGCAGGGUUGGCCUCUUCAACGGCCCGAUCUCCAUUAGCCGUGAUCGCCGAUGAUUUGGAUGAAAAUGUGUCAAUAAAUGAAGAAGAAACGGCUUGGCUAGAGGCUCUUCCAGCUGAGGUCGAUGAUUGUAUCGCGAAUCGGGAUAUCGAACAGGCUGUGGAUCUUGUAAUGCAGUGGAAAGAGUGCAAUGCGAAGUUGACCGCUGUCGACACUCAAAUGCAGCAACGAGAACAACAGAUAAUCGGUCUCCUAUCCGAGGACAUCCGACGGCCGGGUGCCGUUCACGGUGGUCCUCGAGCCAUGAAAAAGGCGAUCUCGUUACUGAAACAAUUGGAUCGAGGCACCUAUGCGGUGGAUCUUUAUCUACGACGACGAUCGGCGCUUCAAAGAAGCGCUUGCCGAGAUGUGGCUGUGAGUGAGGAGCCGUUGAGCUACGUGAAGCAACUCUCGGCCCUCUAUUGCACGGCGGUGGCCGAUGUGGCCACAGAGUUUCGCUCGCAACCCGAACACUAUUGUCAGGUUCUUCAAUGGUGCUCGAUCGAGUUGAGUAUGCUGUUGUCGCUGGUGAGACGUCAUGUGAUUGAAGUGGCCCCAACGACAGCCGUUCUCGCCUACACAUGGCGCAUCUUGAUGCAAAGUUGUGAUGAAUUGACAAGCAUGGGAGUUCAACUAACGUUUGAGGUGAAUCGCCUACUUGGACCAUCGCUGAAAAUGGCGCUUGAGACGAAUUUUCAAAAUGUGAUGCACGGAUUGAGAACGAGAAUGGCGGAAGAAAAAUGGCGUCCCCUAAUUCUGGAUAGUGAAUCGGCGUUGUCUCGUUUAGUGGAAGAGCUAUCGGAUUUGGGUUUAUCAAUCGAAUGGGCGAUUGCCGGACGAGCAGCUUUAAAUAUCUCACAGCAUACUCUUCACUUUGCCCGCGUCUCCUACACGCUGGCAAAAGAUUUAGAGAAGUUGGCUGGUUCUCCUUGUCAUGCUCAGUGUGAUGAGUUUAUGUUGCAAAUUUGGGUCGAAUACCUUCAGCAUCUCUCGACGGCAAAGACGAAUAACGAUGCGCACACGUACAGCGCAUCAUUUACCGUUACCCAGGUACUUUCCUUAUGUGAGCACACUUAUUAUGGUGAAGAAGAUGAAAUGCUUCGACGUUUAUUGCAAAAAGAAUUCCCUGCUUUAAUGAAAUUUGCGAAUGAAGAGGAAGAGGAAAAGGAAAAGGAAGAGGAAGAGGAAGAGGAAGAGGAAGAGGAAAAUGAAGAAGAAGAAGUGGCACAUGUU